GAGCUCAGUGUAGAGUCCGUGAGUCCGGCUGUGAGUCCGGCUGUGAGUCCGGUUGGAAGUUCCUGUGAUCUGAAGGGCGGCGCUUUUUUACCGGAGCAGUACCGAGAGCUUUCUGUCUCUUUCUCCGUCUGUGUGAGCGGAAUGAACGCGAUGCCCGCCGAUGUUUCCUCCCGCCGCGGAAACUUAACCGGAUCGAGUCCGAUGAGGAGGAGAAGUUAACGGUUUGUGAAAAGCGCUUGGAGCGGUUCGCGCGGAGCGUGUGUGUGUGUGUGUGUGUGUGUGUGUGUGUGUGUGUGUGUGUGUGUGGGCACCAUGGCGGCUCGGUGUGAUUCGGUAAACGGGCUCUUACAGCAGCAGCAGUUGGAGACUUUAAGUUCCAGCGAGUCUCCUCCACCACACACCGGCUCUGAGGACGAGGAGCUGCCCGGAGCAGCGGCACCACCUACAGACCCCGAGUGGACCGAGGAGCGCUUCCGAGUGGACCGGAAAAAACUCGAGCUCAUGCUUUUAGCUGCCGCCGAGGGGAGGGUGAACGGAGGCGAGGAUUUCUUUCAGAAGGUCAUGGAGGAGACCGGCACUCAGAUCGCCUGGCCUUCCAAACUCAAGAUCGGUGCCAAGUCCAAGAAAGACCCGCAUAUCAAAGUGAGCGGGAAGAGGGACGACGUCAAGGAAGCCAAGGAGAAGAUCAUGUCUGUCCUGGAUACCAAGAGCAACCGCGUGACCCUGAAGAUGGACGUGUCUCACACCGAGCACUCGCACGUCAUCGGCAAGGGCGGCAACAACAUCAAGAAGGUGAUGGAGGACACGGGCUGUCAUAUCCACUUCCCCGACUCCAACCGCAACAACCAGGCGGAGAAGAGCAACCAGGUGUCGAUCGCAGGACAGCCGGGAGGAGUGGAGGCGGCUCGGGCCAGAAUCAGGGAGCUGCUGCCGCUGGUCUUGCUGUUCGAGCUGCCCGUGGUGGUCCAGCUGAAUCCUGACCCCAGUUCUCCCACCAUCCAGCACAUCUCUCAGACCUACAACAUCUCGGUGGCGUUUAAACAGCGCUCGAGGCUCUACGGUGCUACCGGAGUCGUUCGAGGCUCCCAGAACAACAUCGCGGCUGUAAAGAGGGGCACGGCCGUCCUGCUGGAGCACUUAGCCGGUAACCUGGCCAGCGCCAUCACGGUGAGCACGCAGCUGGACAUCGCGCCACAGCACCACCUCGCCAUGAUGGGGCGCAACGGCAGCAACGUCAAGCACAUCAUGCAGAGGACCGGCGCCCAGGUUCACUUCCCCGACCCCAACUGCCCUCAGAAGAAGUCCACCGUGUACAUCCAGGGCACCAUCGACUCCGUGUGCCUGGCACGCCAGUACCUCAUGGGCUGCCUGCCGUUAGUGCUGAUGUUCGACAUCAAAGAGGACGUGCCGGUGGAUCCGCAGUGCGUCACGUCUCUCAUGGAACAGCUGGAUGUGUUUAUCAGUGUGAAACCCAAACCCAAACAGCCUAGCAAGUCGGUCAUCGUGAAGAGCGUAGAGAGGAACGCUCUGAACAUGUAUGAGGCCCGGCGCUAUCUGCUGGGACUGGACAGCAGCGGGGUUUGUGUGUCCAUCGCCACGUCGUCCAGCUGCAGUAACAGCUGUAGCAGCCCUCCGUCUGCCCCCACGCAGACUCUAAGCUGCCCGGUGGGCCUGGACAUCCUCACCUCCGCCAGCCUGGGCCUAACCAGCCUCGGUCUGCUGGGCCCGACGGCCGCCUCUCUGAACGCUCCGUCCACCCACAACUCUCUCCUGAACGCUCUCAACAGCUCCAUCAGCCCUCUACAUGCUCCCUCCUCUGGAACGUCCAGCCCCACACUGUGGUCCAGCUUACUGGCCAGUCCAAGCAGCACACCAGGUUUUACGUCGCCGCUGAUGAUCCAUCCAGCCACUCAGGCCACGCUGACCAACAUCUUGCUGUCCGGGGUUCAGAAUUACACUCAGAACACACCGUCUCCCCCGCCGGGCCUCGCCCCCAUCGAUCCGCAGGUCAACGGAGUCACGGACUGCAUCAAGGCGGUCGCAUCUCUCAACGGCAAGCACCCCAGCUCCAUGUACAGCAGAAUAUCCACUUCCUCCCUGGCUGACAAGGUCCUGAACGCGGCUCACGGAGAACCAGUUCCAGACACCAGCGGCCACUGUCCGUCUGAACCUCUGUCCAGCAAGUCCAGUCAGGAUCAAGGCUCCGACACUUUCGUGGAGGUGGGCAUGCCGCGGAGCCCCUCGCACUCAGGAAACAGCAGCGAGCUGAAGCAGAUGCUGGCGUCCUGCAAGACGGCGUCGGGAAAGAGGCAGGUCGUGGAGUUACUGCAAGGCGCCAAGAACUCCCAUCUGCAUUCGGACUGUUUGCUGUCUGACUCCGACUCCAGCGCCUCCGAGAGUCCCGUAACAGAUAAACGAGCGCCGGGCAGCGAAAGAGCCGCCGAGCGCGCCGCCCAGCAGAACUCCGAGCGCAUCCGCCUCCCGCCACAGUCCUCGUUCUCCAACAUGCAGGCCUUCGACUACGAGCAGAAGAAGCUGCUGGCAACCAAAGCCAUGCUGAAGAAGCCGGUGGUGACGGAGGUGCGCACCCCGACUAACACGUGGAGCGGCCUGGGUUUCUCCAAAUCCAUGCCGGCAGAAACCAUCAAAGAGCUGCGCAGAGCCAACCACGUGUCCUACAAACCUACCAUGUCCACUACAUACGAGGGUUCGCCUCUGUCCCUGUCGCGCUCCGACAGCAGAGAGGGGGUGGGAAACGGGAGCGACUCCGACAACUGGCGGGAGAGGAACGGGAGCGGGCUCCCGGCGCACGCCGACUUCCCGGCACCCAUCAGUCCCAAGAGGAAGCAGAACAAGACAGUGGAACACUACCUGAGCAGCAGUAACUACAUGGACUGCAUCUCGUCAGUGAUGGGCAGCAACGGCUGCAGCCUCAGCACCUCGCUGAAGGGUUCCGACCUGCCCGAGCUCUUCAGUAAGCUGGGUCUGGGGAAAUACACCGACGUCUUCCAGCAACAGGAGAUCGACCUGCAGACGUUUCUCACCCUGACCGAUCAGGACCUGAAGGAGCUGGGCAUCACCACGUUUGGAGCUCGUCGGAAAAUGCUGCUGGCCAUCUCAGACCUGAACAAGAACCAUCGGAAACUCUUCGAGCCGGCCAACAUCCGCUCCUCGUUCCUGGAGGGUGGAGCCAGCGGGCGCCUGCCGCGCCAGUUCCACGCCGACAUCGCCAGCGUGAGCGGACGCUGGUAACUGAUCCACACGUCCGUUCCUGACCCUGUGCCUUAAGAAUACUGGACCAAACUAUGGGAAUCUGUGCCAAAAACACACACACACACACACAAAGAAUGUGGAAGGUAAAAAGGGUGAGGAUUUGAGGUUUAUAGGAUUUGUACAUGUCGCUGAUUACGGAGGAUUCGGUACUCUACGCAGUGUGAUACUCGUAUAGGAUUAACGGUAACGCUGAAGGAUUCUCGCAGCUCCUGCACUGUUGUUGGAUACGGAGCCGUACGUGUACUUAGUUCAAAUGAUGGAUUUUUUAUUUAUAUCCUGGUCCUAGGCUUUUGUCGUACUAAUUCUUUGCACUUUAAGAGUACUAAAUCGUUUGUCUGUGGGUUCGUCACUCUACACGACGUGCAUGGAGCGUGUUUAGCACUUAUUUUGGAAAGAAGACCCACAGGUCUUUAGAUUCGAGUCGUUUGUUUUGACCCAUAGGAUUUUAUUCGCAUCCUGGGGUUUUAAGUCAUGUUCCAGAAACGUUUAGAAGUCAGAAUCGUUUUGAGCAAGAAGAUGCUCUCAGUCAGUGUUCCAAAUCAUCCCAGUGGUUUUUUAACAGGAUUAAAGAUCAAGGCUCGGUAUAGUGUCUCAAACCAAACCACAAUGACCCUGAUUUGUGCACAUGGGAACAGUCAUACUAGAGGAAAAAAUGUAAAUAAUUGAUUUUAAACAUCUAUUAGGCAUGGGUGUGUUUGAAUUAGGAGUGUCCCAGUACUUUUAUCCAUGCGUAAAGUCAGAAAGUCUUGGGACAACCAAGAAUAGACUUUGUUUCAAAGGGCAGUGAUAGCUUAGUGGUGAAGGUACUGGACUGGUUUAUGCCCCACCACCGCCAAUUUGCCACUGUUGGGCUCCUGAGCAAGGCCCUUAACCCUCAAUUGCUCAAUAAUCAUGUUCAGUAGUACUGAAUAAAAGCAUCUACAAAUGAGGAAAAAGUAAAUGUUUCUGUGCAAAGCAAACUGAGAAGUAUGGAUAUAAGAUCUGAUUUAAUUUGAACACUUUAAGAGCUAAAAGGUUUGUUUUCUUUUCUACCGAGCAGGAUCAAUGCAAAAUACAGUCAGUAUUGAGUCUAUAAACAGCCUAGAAACAAUCUGUAAACACAUUUAGUGUUUACGAUUCUUAAUCGAACCCUGAAGCACAUUUUUAAUUGGCAUCCCACUGGGUUCGACUCGUAACUACCUCUUCUUUUAACUUCCCCCACUUUCCCCGUCCCGGAGCGAACCGAAGGGUCCCGUGUACGAAGUUUUUGGAAUCCUGGGGUCCUCAAGUGCGCCCGUCUUUGCCAAACCAGAAUGUUUUAUGUGUUGUCUUUUAUACUUUCAUUAAAUAAAUCGGAAUGUUUGCGGAUGUGAGAUUCAGACUCGAGUGUCCGAGUUCCGCAGACGUUUGGAAGAAUUCCGCCUCUGAUGCUGUGAACGCUGUCAGUCAAGUCGAAACCACAGGGUGCCGGUUCCGUUCGCCGUGUUUUCACGGUCCAAAAACAACCGAAUCUAACGAAUCUGCAGCGUUUCUGACGCAAAACCACUCGUGGAAUAAUCUCACGAUGUUGUGCUUCAUUAUUUCCCGUGUAUAGUGUUAUCGUAUUGGCAUUUAAUUGUCCCUCGUAUGUCAUAGAGGUUCCGUUUAAAUAAAACAUGUAUUGUGCAUUUGCAGUUUUGUAGUCGUUUGAACUUUUCUGUACUGGUUUGAUGAAGGACUUUAUAUUUGUAUUUACUUGUUUCUGUACCAAAUCUGGACUGGUGUUGCACACCUUUAGUACUGUGCACAGCUCCGGUCAGUACGAACUGAACAUGGAAUUAAUCGACUAUGCAAAGAAUUCGCUUUGCCAUAUAAAUAUGCAUUUUUUAUCAAGUUCUGAUUCCAGUAUAUUGCUGCCUUGAUUAUAUCUAUCUGAUUAGUGCUUUGAUGCAUUAGAUGCUAUUUUGUAUUGAACCGAGACCAAACUGUUAUACGAGUUUUGUAGAUUUUUCUUGUACUUCCUAAUAGGAGAAAUAAGGGAACAGAAAAGUUUGUCUUUAUAAUUUUGACAUGGUCUUGAGAUCAGGGCCAACACUUUUUUCAGAGUCUUGCGUCCAAAAAUGAUAAUAAAUAAAAGAACCGAUGCUCUGUGAUUAUGCUAAUCAUGACGGAGUGUUAGCAAUGCUAGUAAUGAAUGAUAAGGGAACACAACACAGAAAGCACUAAUCUUUAUUGUUCUGCCAAAUGUUCUGUAGUCGUACAUAUCACUUAAGUAGACGUGAUUAGUCGGCCAGUGCCUUAAAAAUAUUUUUUUAAUAUCUGCAAAGUUGUUGCAGAUUAAAUUCUUCUUGCUUUUUUUUAUUUUAUUUUUAUGUUUUGAUAUGAAGUUAUCAUGAUCAUAAACAUGUGGUACGUUUGAAUGUUCAUUACAACUUGAA